ACAACAGUUUCUGCAUUUCCUAGGAGUGAAAUGAAGUGAGUCAUUUUGGUCAAAUAUAUCUCAUCAGAAGUCCAUGUUAUAGAGUUAGCAUCAACCUCACCAUCACAGCAAGAAGAAAAGAGAUGGAAGAGAUAGCACACAGAAGAGUGGAAGUGAAUGGAAUAAAAAUGCAUAUCGCAGAGAAAGGAGAAGGUCCAGUGGUGUUGUUCCUCCAUGGCUUCCCUGAGCUCUGGUACUCAUGGCGCCACCAGAUUCUGGCUCUCAGUUCCCAAGGAUACCACGCUGUUGCACCAGAUCUACGUGGCUACGGUGACACAGAGGCACCGGCUUCGAUCAGCAGCUACACAUGCUUUCACAUAGUGGGUGAUUUGGUUGCGCUUAUAGACCUUCUGGGUGUGGACCAGGUCUUCCUUGUGGCUCAUGACUGGGGAGCCAUCAUAGGUUGGUACCUCUGCAUGUUUCGCCCUGAAAAAGUUAAGGCCUAUGUCUGCCUCAGUGUGCCGUUCUGGCCCAGAAACCCAAAAAUAAAGCCCGUUGAUGCCAUGCGGGCCACAUACGGAGAUGACUACUAUAUCUGCAGAUUUCAGGAAGCAGGAAAGGUAGAAGGUGAGUUAGCCAAAAUCAGCACUGAAGAGUUCUUGAAAAACCUUCUGAUAAAUCGCACACCAGGGCCACCAAUCUUGCCAAAGGAAGGAAUGAGUUCAAAUCUUAACACUUCAAUACCCCUUCCUUCAUGGCUCUCACAGGAAGACCUGAUGUACUAUGCUUCCAAAUUUGAAAAAACAGGCUUCACUGGAGGUCUCAACUAUUAUAGAAAUAUGAACUCAAACUGGGAGCUUACAGCAGCUUGGAGUGGAGCACAGGUGAAAGUUCCAGUGAAGUUCAUAACUGGUAAUUUGGAUGCAGUAUACACUUCACUAGGGACGAAGAACUACAUUGAGAGUGGUGCUUUCAAGAAAGAUGUGCCAAAUUUGGAGGAAGUGAUUGUGCAGGAAGGAGUGGCUCAUUUCAACAACCAAGAAGCUGCAGACGAUGUCAGCAAUCACAUUUAUGAUUUUAUCAGCAAGUUCUGAUCCUAUCAACUUUGUUAUAAUUGUGUGCUUAUUCUAUGUUUUGUCAAAUAAUCGUGUUUUGUACUUACGUUUGUUUAUGUUAUAUAUUUCGGGUUUUUUAAUAAA